AUGGCCUUUGCAUUCAUUGUCAUGACAUUACUUUUGGGCUCUUCCAUGAUGAUGGCAUUUGUCUUGGAUCCAUCCAGGAAAGAACCUGAAGCUGCUGUCUUAGGUCACAGGUGUCAAGGUGAGUCAUGGCUGUCCAUCAAAAAGAACCUCCUUGGGGUUCUGAACUUGCAGAUUGAGCCGCAGCUACCUGCCGGUGCACUGGACAGUGUCAGAGAGCAGUGGAACCGAACCUUCAGCAUCAUUUCUCACACAGUCAAGCAUACUGCAACCCCAGCAGUCCCAGGCUACUCUGCAUCAGCUGAUAAUCAAAACAGUGCGAGCCUGAACUGUUGCUCCAUUGCCUCAGAGAUCUUUAUGAAAGAUCUGGGCUGGGACAGCUGGGUGAUCCAGCCUUUGAGUCUUACCUAUGUUCAAUGCGCAACCUGCAACUCUGCCAUGACCACUGUGCAAUGUCCAUCAUCCCAAGUAAAUGUCCAGGAUGCCAACACACAGGACCAGGUGCCAUGCUGUCAGCCCACCUCCCAUGAAGUGGUGCCCAUUGUCUAUAUGGAUGAAUCCAGCACCAUUGUCAUUUCCUCCAUGCAGCUGACCCGCAGCUGUGGCUGUGGGCUGGGCAACUCUGAGGAUCCUGGCAAAGAGUAG